AACUCAGAACCCGGAUGGAUAUAUAACCAUUUAAAGUAUGACACGAUAAUCGCAGUCGAAAGAUCCAGUCCAUUCGAAGAGUUUGGUGCGCUCGGUUUUUGCUAAAGUAUAUCAAAAAUUAUACGACCAAAGCCUCUGUAAACUUUGUAGGUACAUCAAAAGUGCCGGGAAAAUGUUUAAAAUGUUCGCAGCAAUAACGGUAUGCGCAGUGGCGGCACUUACGGUUUCGGUCGUUUAUGCCCAGACGCCGACGGACGAGCGUCAAGCCAAAGGCUUAAUGUUUGGUGAGUUUCAAAAUUGAUAUGGCAUACAUUAUUAUUCAAAUACGAACCUGUUGAAAUUAAAGGGGCUAAGUUUUUUGAUAAAUGUACAAUUCGUUGUUGUAGACGGAUCGUUUAUUUUUUAAAAGAGUCAAAUACCACCUAUAUACGCGUUAGUUACAAUAUAUGCAAAUUUUAAUAUUUAGUUUAUUUAUGAUUGAGUAGUGGACUCAACUAUUCCGAAAGUUUGACUUUUAGAUUCCGAGCGUAGCGAGGGGCUAUUGGUUUUACCUUAGUGAAAAAAAAUAAUUAUUAAGAUUUCUAUUUUUAUUUUUUUAGUCUGUGUACACAUUUUUUCCUAUUAAACUUGCUCCGAUUUUUACAUAUAUGAUGUAGCAAUUUUUCUGAAACCUUUAAUUGUCUAGAUUGUACUUUAGAAAAGCCAUUUUUUUGGUUUUCGACGCCAUUUUUAAAUAAAAGAACUUAAGUGGGAAGAAACACAGAAAACCGUACAAUUUCACGAUUUCUUUAUUUUAUAAAAACACGGACGACGUUUUCUACCAAAAAAAAAAAAUGAUUUAAUCGAAAAAUCACAAGGUGCUUUUUUGUUGUCUUUUUGAUUUACUUUCUUACGGUACUGUCGCCAAAACUUUUGAGCCAUUCUUGAGUUUUUAAGAAAUUUUAAAUUUUGGAUUUUGUUUUGCUGUAAUUCGGUUAUAAAUACAUUUAGAGACUUGAAACUUGGUAAUAAUACUUAUAUUGGUCUUACCUAGACGUGGUAAAAUUUUCAAAAUCAUCGGAUGACUAUUUUUCCUUUUUUUAAAUUUUGUAUUACCGAACUGCACUCAGAAUCGUCUUUCUUCAGCAAUGGUUUAUCGUUGCUUACAGAUAUAAAUAAAAUAACCUUAUGUAUCUCACAUUCCCCACUACUCACCUAUAAUAAUGGCCGUAUUCGUCCCCAAUAUUAUUUAUUUUUUUGUUUGUACGUAUAAUAAUAAAUUGAAUGACUAAUAAUAUAAUAAUUCAAAUUAAUGUUCAAUAAAAUGUACCUAUUAUUUUUUUAUUUUUUUUUUACUCGGUUUUUUAUACAUAAUCUUCUUAUAUUAUAUUUAUAUAGUUUGAUUUUUAACCGAUACUUUUACGCGUGUUUUGACCGUACAGGUUUUCAUAUGAUGGAAGGCGGGAAACGUUCGUGCAACGGAUUCAACGGCCAGACCGGAGUGUGCGUGGGCCAAAACGAGUGCACAAAAAUGAACGGCAAGUCGGUGGGCAAGUGUUUCCCGUUCGGUUCUUGUUGUUCGGGUAUGCCGCAUGAAAUAUAAUAAUUAUUAUUGUUAUACGUUUCUCAAAUUCAUUUCGUAUGAACUAUACAUUUAUUUUUUUUAUUUUAAAACAUCUACGUUUGUAAAUAGCUAAAAAUAUUUGUUGUACUAUACUUCAGUAACAUUUUCUUCAUAUACCAUAGGUACUAUACGUAUAGAAUAAGAAAGUAAAAUUUUCUCCUUUUAGUUUUCUACAAUUGUUAUUUUUUUUUUUAUUAGACUAUUUUUUAAGACAUAAAAAUUGAAUCGAUGGUUUUUCAUAAAACAAACUAUACGAUUUUUUAGUAACUUACAAAUAUCAUCAAAUAUAUUAACUAAGUACAUAUAACAGAUGAAUAAUUAAAUACUUACAUUUUCGGUAUUUUCUAAGUUUUUAAAACUUUCAUAAAACGUUAACUAUAUAUUAUAUAUGAAAACAAAAAAUUCUAAACGUUGAAAAAAUAUUUCGCAUAACAUUUUGUCAAUAUGGGUUUCAAGUUGCACCGAACUCGUGCGGCGGAUAUUCAGACUCGAGCACGUCGUAUUUCGAAAGUUCCGAAAAGUUCCAAGAAACUUGUGAUUACAAGAUCAACGUUAGACAAAACGUCUGCCAGAUAAGGUUUGUAGCAAGAAAUUUUCAGCGGUUUCGAAAACGAAACCGUAUUGAACAUUAUUUUAAAUAACAUGUUAUUUUUGUAGAAUCGAUUUCGAACGAUUUUCACUCGGCCAACCGACCAAACCGUACAACGGUUCAGCGUACACCUGUGAGAACGACGAAUUCACGUUGCUCGUUAACGACAACACGAAAAUGAACAUGCCUGUUUUAUGUGGUGAAAACUCCGGGCAACACGGUAAAUGCGUGAACGCGUUCGAGCUUUUUUUUAUUUUUUAACCCUCACAAUGUUCAACUGUUUCGAUAAUUACUAUGUAUAGUAUACGUGCCGAUAAACCCUAAAACGACAUUGAAUGACAGACAACAGAUAACGUUGAAAUUCAAAUUGACCGCCAGAGACGACGACUAUGAAGAACCAACGCCGUUUUGGAAGUUGAAAAUCUCGCAACUAGAAUGCCAAGUCGCGCCGACCAACUGGUGGAAAGUAAAGGAUAUUGCGCGUCAAAUCUUAAAGGAGAAAUCUGCGGAAGACGUUAAAACUACCAAAUAUAGUUUGGGUAAGACGGUUUUGAAUGUUGUACGGGUUUAAAAUAACGGAAUUUUAUAACCAAAGGUUUGUCUGGAGGGGGGGGGGUCGUAUAUUAUUAACAAUAAUGAAAGAAAACCAUAUCCUUUACUCUUUGACUAAUAUAUGAUUUACUGUUAGCACCGGAGGGAUGUUUACAAUACUUUGCCGACAAGGACGGCUCUUUUGAAAGCUUCAAUUACAACAAAGGAAAGGGACAUUACUUGGGCAAUUUAAAUUACGCGGUUUGCUUCAAGCGGAACCUAGACACGUGUGGAAUUAAGUGAGUAAAUCGAUAAAAAUAUAAUACACAUACUCGUAUAGGUAUUGUUAAAAUCAAAAUGAAAUCAAUAAUCGAUAUUAUAUCCUGUGCGUAAGACCAAAUUUAAGGUGGGGCACGGGCAACGAUCUUGUAUUGCGCCUAUUUGUUAUUUAUCAUGUAUAUAUAUAUAUAUAAUAUAUAUUUGUAUAAAAAUAAGGGUACAUUUUUUUUUCUGUUUGACUGUUAUGUUUUACUUGAAAAAUAUGUGUUCGUAUUUUUUCGGGAAGAGAUGAGACGACAAAAUUGUGAUGCAGGGGCAGUAAAAGUCUAAAUACGACUCUGCCUGUUCGUAAAAUCUAAAUUAAAUUUUGUGUUAUAAUUUCAUAGGUUUAUUUGGCCUCUUAGACUGUCCUCGAAAUAAAUCCUCCGAUUAUCUCUAUGUGUAUCGCAAAAAUUUCAAAUUUUACUUCGUAAAAGCUUUUAAGUUCUUUUCUUACUUACAUUCUUCACGCAUCAUUUUCUGUCUUCCCAAAGAUCUUUUCCCAUUUUAGGUUCUGUUCCAGCAAAUAUGUCUUCAUGUGGUAGCAGGUACGUUUACAAAAAAUAUUUCGAGGGGAGAGGGAUUAAGGUUGCACACUUUCAUACUCAUAUAACAAAGAAGUUUACAUAGUUUUAAUUGUAGGGUUAUUUAUUUUUCAUUAAAAAUGUCAUAUUUUUUAACAUUCAUUUUUAGUCUUUUAGAUAGCUACUACUUAAUUCUACACUAUUUGUUUAAUGAAUACAGCCUUAAUGAUAACGUAAUUCAUAUUAAUGUGAUGAUAAUGCGGACUAUGCAAUAUCGCCGUAUUAGUUACAAUUUUCUAAAAGCAGGAAAGCUACUACAAAUUAGAAAUGACAAUAAGAACAAUCUAUUACUACUAUCUACUAAUAAAAUUAAAAUUGUAUUUCUUACAAUAUUUCUAAUUAUCUUCCUCAUUGACAGAAACCACAUUUGAGACUAUUAAAAAUUUACUUUCAUCAUAAUUUUCAUGAAUUUUUUUUUGGGAGGGGGUUAUAUGUAUAUAAUGCAAUAUUAAAAUGUUAUAUUAAACAUAUAAACUUCUAUUACUUAUGUUUAUAUUGUUUUGAGCCAUUGUAAUCGAAUUUAAACCACUCUCCAUAGGUUCGAGGCUGUUAAAUUCCAAAUCGCAUACAACCAGAAUCUGACCAAUUUCACAGACCGAGAUUGUGACACAUUAAAAAGCGUCUCCGAAUCAACCACUGUGGCGGCAACCACUCUAGCGGCAACCACUAAAGCGGCAACCACUGUAGCGGCAACUGCUGAAUUGGUAUCUACUGAAUGGGCAUCUAUUGAUAAUGCUACAGAAAAGGUAACGGUAAAGUACAGAGACGCUAGAAAAAGAAAACUGCCCGCCGUCAAUUCCGGGGUGCACAGCGAUUAUUUACUUAUACCGGACGGCUAUUAUUCCGAAACUCUAUUUGCAUCAAAAUAUUGCAACAAAUUGUUAGAAAGUUACGACAACGUUAAAAGUACGAAUUAUUUUAGCUUUUAUUUAACGUUUAUAGUAUUCAAAAUUAAACUUAAAAUAAAAUAAAAAUCAUAAAAAUAGGAAAACUGUUAGCAAAAUUAGCAAUAUUAAAAAUUAUAAUAAUAUCGUUUUCGUUUUCAGUCAAAACGCAAGGUCCCCUCUAUGUGGCCUUUGUCAGUGACGAUUACUCGAGUACUACGGAGGACGUGGAAAAAGGAUACAAGAUUAAUUAUUCGUUGAUCAACAUGGGGUGCUAAAUAAAUAUUUAAAUAUAAUUUUUUAUAAUAUUUCAUAGUAUACUAAUAUAUUCCAAUAAUAUUUUGUUCUAAUCAAAAUUUGCAUUUCUUUUUAGACAAUUAUCGUAAAAAGACAAACUCAUUGUGUAUAAGAUAUUAAAAUAUAUUGUAAGUUUAUAACAAAGAAAAUUAGUCAUUAACUUUAUAUAAUAUAUGAUGGAUCGCGUUUUAUAUAAAAACAAAUAUUCAUAUAGUUAUUCAUAGUUCUUGUAAAACGAAUUUGUUCAAAUAAUCAAUAAA